AUGUCGGCGCCGUGGUGGGACUCGGACUGGAAGGACCGCUCCGGGCCGGAGUACCGCGCUUUCGUGAGCAACCUACCCUACAGCACCAACGAGGGCUCCCUCAAAGACGCCUUCUCCUCCUACGCCCCCCUCAACGCCGAUGUGGCGUAUGAUCCUGACACGGGGAGGUCCCGUGGCAUCGGGUUCGUGCAGUUCGAUGACAAGAAGUCGAUGGACAACGCCAUCCAGGGGAUGAACGGCCAGCAGGUCGGGGGCCGGACCAUCUCCGUCAGCGAGGCGAACCAGCGCCCGCGCCGCUGGAGGGCGUGA